AUGUACCGCUUGAUUGAACAAAGGGUAUUUUACACCGACAGUCAUCAAGCUUAUCGUAAAUCACUAAGAGACGCCCAGAAGUCCAUGAAUACCUUGCCACCUUCACUUGCUACGGAUGAAGGGGUGGAUAGUUUGGAGAUGUAUGAAAGACAUCAUUCCAAGGAACUUCUUCAGGAAUGUUGGGACUGGGCAGAGUCUCUGUUGGAUACCUUGAAAGAGUGCAAUAGAGCGGGAAGAGAGUUAGAGAGGAGACGUAAAGAGUUAGUCAAGUCCGGGAUCCUCAAGGAACGUCCUUUCAUAGGUUUGGAUGAGAAGAUCAGCAACCCGUUUGUGUUUGAAACCAUUCUGCGCUAUGAUAGAGAUAGCAAUGGAGUGGGAGCUCCUCCUACUUCCUCUAUUCAAUCUAGCAAGCCGGAAGACGGUCCAUCAGCAGUAGAAUCAACUCGUCGUCACACGGCUUCUUUUUGA